AGGUGGGGAAACAUCUGGAACUGCUGCGACCCGGACUUUCGUGGAGUCCUGCUUGACCAGGGACGAUUCCCUUGCAUUGCAGAGGCUACAAUGCCGUCUGUGGCACAAGCGCCAUUGAUGAACAGUGUAAGCUUCAUGUUGAAAGAAACGUCUGUAGAGCCUGUCGUCUCUGCUUUCACUGCCGUGAAUGGUAGGACUUCACCACCCUCGCCUCGCAGAACGAAUGGUGUGAACGGUAUGUCCGCCGAGACCAUUCACGUGAGGCCACUUUCCCACAACAGGGCCGACGAAACUCAGGACCGAAAGGGCACGCUACCUGGAAGAGAAGACUGGCCUUCUGUGCCAAGGGCCGCAGAGACCGGGGUUUCGAACGGCCAUCAUUCGACCUCUCCCCAAAGCGUGGAUAGACGGACUAGGUCGCCAGAGAGUCCGGGGAAGAGAAAGCGAUCUAGCUCUGCGGAGGACGAAUUCUCCUCUACUCAAUCUCCAGACAGCACAUCAUUUCAACCCAGGCGACGGCUUGACUCUUACGUAGGAGUUAGCCGAGACGAUUCUCCGCAAACAACAUCUCAAACUCAGACUUCGGGAAUGGAGCACUCCCAGCAGCGACCCUUUCCGCCUAUGGAUCGAGCAGAUCAUGAUAGGAAUUGGCCACCUCGAGAUUCAAAGGAGUUUGUGAGGGCAACCUACGAGUCUCAGCCGCGGGAUCCUCGCCGCAUGGAAUCUCAGCAAGACAGCAUGAGUACGAGCCCCACGGAUGACCCUCAAAUGAUGGGUGCCACAGACUCGCAGAACCCCGGGGAGAGGUCGAGUACUACUGAAAUAACGCGGGCUGGUGUGCAAGUGGACCCGAAGAAGAGAAACAAUUUGCGAAUCGAACGAAGACGGGUUGCGGAACAUGUCGCAGGCGUAAGAAGAAGUGUGACGAGGGAAAACCAGAAUGUAACAACUGUACGCGUGGAGGCUUCAUCUGCGAAGGUUAUGCCAAUAAGAUUCCAUGGCCCAAGAACGGUAUCUCGAAGCCUCAUGUUCCACUGCAGGCGAAGGAUCGAUUUCCCAUCGAGUCCGCCCAACUAUACCAUAGUCACGGCCAAAGUCGAGAAGGCUACCAAGAGUCGACUCCCCAAGGCGCGUCGGACGGUGCUCGGAGUCGGCCUAUCGUUGUGGAGGAACACGAUCGUCAGGGAUCGAGAAAUGGCUGGGGCGCCGGCUGGGGUGAGCCACCUCGGCCUUCAUACCCACCUGAGCAUCCCCCACCAGUCGAAUAUGCACAUGCUAGACCCCAGUCAAAUGACCACCAGGUAGAACAUCCAUCUCAGACUCCCUCCGCAUCUCGGCAACAUAAUCCUCGAAUCUACCAUCACACCCAGGAGACAAUGAAUCCCUACGGAAACAAGAAUCCCUCUGUUCCAGGUCAACUUUUGCAACACCAGCCACAACCAAGCCAUCAACAUCCAAUUCACUCUGCCUCUCCUGCAGGUCCUACUGGUCCGCCUGGUCCACCUCCUGGUCACUAUGUUCAGCAGCCACCACCGCCACCCAAACCCCAGAAGACAGAGAAAGAGAAGAUGCUCAACGGAGAGCCGUAUCUGCUGUUCCACCCUUCCUUAAUUGAGGAACGUGAGCAAUGCAAGACGGCGCUCUAUCGCUUUAAUAGUUCUGGAGGCAACCCAAACCUAGGCAUAUCUCGAGAGGAACGCGAGCGACUGC